CAAUUAAUAAUACUGAUCUACCUGAAGGCUUAGAAAGUGGCCCCUUAACUCAUCCCGUCUAGACGGUGGUAAAACCCCCAUAAAUGGGGUUGCAACCCCCUAUCGAGUAAAAGUUUCAGUUCGUUUGAAUUUCAGGAUUAAGCUUUUGCACCAACCAGAGUGCACGGAUCAUCCCCACUUUUAGCCCCACCAAAAUUGUUAAAGCAACGCGCGAGUUUAAUACAGAUGCCUCGAAUACAAAUUUGAACGUGCUUCGAGUUACACAAACAAAAAUUGUGUUGUGCAUAAUAAUAAAUGAAAUGUUUUGAAAAGCCGACAGUGAGGUUGGGAUUAUUGCAAGAAACAGCCAUGAGUGAUUUCAAACGGAGCCCCAGUAAAGUUUGGUGGGCUAGCGAAAGUCUCGAAUGGCGUGAAAUUUCCGGAAGUCCCGGAAGCCAAGAUUCCGGUUUUUCUGAUACUGAAACCUCACCACCAAUUCCCAAAAAUGUGGCUGAACAGAUUUCCAAAGAUUUGGAUAGCAACAAAGCCGGGAAUUUAUCGUCGAAUUAUCAAGAAAAGACAACCCCCGAUAAGAGCAUCAAACAAUCACCACUUUACACCAAGAACUCGCCGAGAGUUAGCCGGAAUUUAUUCAAUACGAAAGACAAAAGAUGCGUGAAGGACGUGGUUAAUAAUCAGUAUUCAAAGGAGGUAGCGUGUUUAUCACCGAGAAAAGUUCGAAGUUUCAGUGAAGAGUUGCAUGGACGGAGUUAUGGGGUCUUGAACCGGUCAGCUCCUGCCGUUUUGGAAAAGAUUACAGACGAGGAGGAGACUUUUAAUGGAAAUAAUUCCUUGUCCAGUGAUUGCGAAAGUGAAUUGGAAUGUCUUUUCAAUGGUGCUUUGGAAUCACCUAAACACACUUCAACGCCAAAAAUGAGACAGACGAGGAAUAAAGUCCCGCUUAAUUUGUAUUUAAAAUACCAGCAGCAAGAAAAAAGGAGAGAACCACUUGACAAUGACGCUGUACAAACUUGGAUGACGGAAAUAAAACAUCACUACGAACAGGAGUGUAUGACAACCCUCCAAUCUAAAUCCAUAGCUGGGGAACUGCACCAAAAGGUGGCCAACAUGGCCACUUAUACUAUUUCAAGUAUCAAGAAAGUUUUAGCUCACUCGGAAUGCAUUCAACGUGAAUAUAAAAAUCUGAACAGUGAGAAGAAACACGUGGGGCCCUUAGCCCAAAGCCUUGCCGGCAACAUCAUCGACUUCAUCAAGACUUACUCAGAAGUGACUCCAAAAUUAUUAAAACAGUAUGACGCAAUAAGGAAAACAAACGAAGACUUUUUAACACUAGUUUCCCAAUUGUUCACCCAAUGGGAAACCGUGUGUCACACUAUUUUGGUCAAAGAAAUCAAACGACUUGUUGACAAGUUAGAAAAUCCAUGUUCCGAACUUGACUUACGGGCCACCAUUACUGGAAUAACAUCUUUAAGCUUAAGAAAUGAUCAUUUGAUUGAAAUUUUUACCAAAAAUGAUAUAAUUCCAAUUCUUUUGAUACUGUGCGAAAAAUGCGAAGGUUCCUCUAUGAGGAGUCUCCUUCUACGUGCUCUCUCAACUAUGUGUUCCACCGCUUACGCCGUUCGACAAUUUGAACGGUUUUCCGGAAUUCAAAUUGUUAGUGACACUCUUGGUGAGGAGCCUUCUCGACCUGAGCCUGAACGUUCCGAAGCUGUGGCCCUUUUGGCCCAAGUUACUGCUCCGUGGAUCGAGGAUAACCACUGCAUUAAGGGCCUGCAGGACUACUCCCGGAAGCUUGUCAAGUCUUUGACUAAAUUUUUAUCGACAACUAAAUGUUGCCAAAACCUCCUUUUGUGCACUGCAGCUCUUGCCAACUUAUCCACAAUGGACAACAAAUGUAUCAAAUAUGUCUUACAUUUGAACACUAUUGAACUACUCUUGGAAGCAGUGAAUAGACGAGGGCCUUGCGCUUCGAUCUAUCUUCUUGAACAAGUGGCAACCUUACUGGCCAACAUGACGUCUUUGCAAACGGCAAGACAACAAUUGUUAAAGUUGAAAACAAUCCCAGCUUUGUUGUGUUGUUUGAGAACUGGAAGUGUUGGCGAAGAUGUUGAGAAAAGGUUACAACAAAAGGCUAUCAUAGCCUUGUCAAGACUUUGUAGCGAGAAGGAGGCUGCCGCUCAAGUUGUCGAACUUGGGGGUGUCGAGAAACUAGUCAGGAUGUGUAGGGAAAAGAAUGAGAGGUUUUGUAAUGAUGCAGUUCUUGUCGCAACAUUGGCUACUUUGAGGAAGAUAGCGGAUGCUUGCGGAAGGGAUGUUAUCAGUGUUGAGGACGCUCAAGAGUUAGUGGAGCCGAAAUUGCUUGAUUCAUUUUUAGCAUAUUCAAGUCAGAGUGAAAGUUAUGUGUAGAAAAACUUUCCUGCCAUUUUUACCUAGAGUGUUCAUUAUUCGGAGUAUUUAUUAUUUUGUUACUUUAUUUAUUAUUUUAUGUACAAACAAAAAGAAAUUAAAUAUACAUUUCGA